AACUUGGGGCUGAUCAUUGGUUAUCACAUUCAUCUAGUAACGACAGAGAAUCAAUUCGCCUUUCGGUAAUCACAGCAAAACAGGUGCUCGCAGAGUCUAAAAUCCCAUGGGAACGAUGUUUUGUUUCCCAUAAAGUUAUACAUGUCCCGUACAAAGAUGGCAAGGAAGAAACAAAGAAAAGGAAAAAGAGGAGGAAGAGCAAAAAGCGACGAGAUGCUGAGAAGCGGGGUGAUCUGACAGAGGGCGCACAAUCAAAUAAUAUUAGUUUGGGCCCAUUUGGAACUUGGCCAAAGACUGCAGUAAGCAUUGUUGGAAUAGUGUUAGGAUCGAUAAUAUUGAUCGCAGUGUAUUUAUUAUACCGACGUUCACAUCCAGCUUCAAAAUACCUUGACGCUUCAGAGGCGCCAUUCAAGCGCAACGAAUCUUCUUUGAACACUGAGAAAACAAUCGACAGGUCGGCUGCGAAUAACGAAGUUCGUCGGUCGGUUUCCGAACUUGGGUCAGGGUUGUCUGGAGAUGUCCCAGUCGUCCCCGAUGUAUACGACACUUCUCAAGAGACACGUAUAAAGUCUCCCACAGUACCACAUUCCAAUACACGUCGGGGACAACCAUUCCGGAGCCGUCCCGUGAACUAUGAAGCUGACGAUAGUAAAGUGGAUAGAAGAGGAUCAACGUCAAAACGCGGAGCCGAUGAUGAUAGAGUGAAUAGAAAAGUAUCAAGGGCAAAACGCGAGCCCAUGAUAUCCCACAGGCGAAAGGCAAUGACAUCAUAUAAAGUGGACUUGACUCGACACCUGUCAAACGAGUUCAAGUGUUUGUAUGAAGAACCAUUCAAUACGGAUGUUACUGUUCAAGUUGGAGAAGAAGGACACUCGAAGAUCUUCCACGCACACUGGUUGAUUUUAUGCGCAC